UGCCUUGAUAACCCGCCGUAGGCGGAUAAACUGUCAAUUCUGGUGUAUUUAGAGAAAAGUGUUGUGUAUUAUAUUAUUAGCCAGAAAUUUGGAAAAUUCGUGUAGACUGACCAGAGUCCACGAAUUUUCAAAGGUUUUCAUACAAAUAAGUUAUUUCAACAAUUGAAAUCAGUAAAUUGAUGAAGUACCUUAACACUUGAACGGCGGGGCAGAUUUAGAUCUAGGCGUUUAAAAAAGCUAAAUGAUUGAUGCAAAUUAUAUCAAUAUAUAAAUUCGGAUAAUUUCUCUCAUUUAUUUGAGAGCGCAGUUGGAGAACAACGCGAUUAACGACCAGCCGUUUAAGUGUUGAUACGUGACCGCGCCCGUACAUAUAUGAGCGAUUAGCUGCGGAAUCAUCGCAUGUUUAUUUAAACGAUAUCGUGUGUAAAUUUAUCGAAUUCUUCGUGAAUAUUGUUUGCAAAAUGACCGAGGUCCACAGCUUAGGUGUUGAUGCUAUCAGCUGUCAUGCUUGGAACAAAGACAGAAAAGAAGUUGCUAUUUGCCCAAAUAACAAUGAGAUUCAAGUUCAUAAACAUACAUCAAGCGGUUGGAAACUAUUGCAAAACUUGCAAGAACACGACAUGCACGUCAUGGGUAUUGAUUGGGCACCAAAUACCAAUAGAAUAGUGACAUGUUCCGCGGAUAAAAAUGCGUACGUUUGGACACAAGAACAGGAUGGAAAGUGGAAUCCCGCGUGGGUACUUUUAAGAAUAAAUCGAGCAGCAACAUGUGUAAAAUGGUCUCCAUUAGAAAACAAAUUUGCCGUUGGAUCUGGAGGUAGAGUAAUAGCUGUUUGUUACUUUGUAUCAGAAAAUAAUUGGUGGCAAUGUAAACACAUAAAACGCCCGUUAAGAUCCACUGUAACUACAGUUGAUUGGCAUCCGGACAACAAAGUAUUGGUUGCUGGUUCCACAGAUUAUAAAGUUCGUGUUUUUAGCGCAUUUAUUAGCGAUAUGGAGGAUGCACCUGGAAAUGGUCCUUGGGGUCACAGUAACACAUUAGGAACAUUACUCGCCGAAUUCCAAAAUACUCCUAAUGGAGGUGGAUGGAUACAUUGUGUUGCGUUUAGCCCUUGUGGUAAUAAAAUUUGUUGGGUAGCACAUAAUUCAUCCAUAUGUAUAGCAGAUGCUACUAAAGGAAAUGCAGUUAUGAGACUGUACACCGAGCAUUUACCGUUUUUAAGUUGCGUUUGGAUGGGGUCCAAUUCCAUUGUCGCUGCGGGCCACAGUUGUAUGCCUAUGCUGUAUUCCGUAGACGACAACGGACAAUUAUAUUUUGUAUCAAAAUUAGACAACACUCAAAAAAAAGAAGCUGCCGGAUUAUCCGCUAUGCGUAAAUUCCAAUCGUUAGAUCGCCAAGCUAGAAGUGGUACAAAUGAUAAUGCCUUGGAUAGUAUACACCAAAAUACUAUAAACUGCGUCCGCAAAGUGUCGGAUAACGAGUUCAGUACGAGCGGUUUGGACGGUCAGCUCGUAGUAUGGGAUCUCAAGCUUUUGGAGAAUUCCAUUGCUGGUCUGAAGAUAGCAUAAGAUCUUUUUUUUUUUUUACAUCGAAGGAAGAUGGAAGAUAUUACAUCAAACGCAAAGAUGUAUAAAUGUUAAAUCUAAAAAGAAAAGAAAAAAAUAUACGAUUUCUCAUUAA